UGAUGGACCAACCUAUUUAAAAAAAAAAAUCAGAAUUUCAUUCUUAUGGUGACACAUAGUUACAAAACAAUGUUGUAAUGUUUCUCAAUUUAUAUAUAAAGGAUAUUCCGUGUUCACCUUACUUAAUGCUUGAUUAAUUUAAUGUCAAAAAAACGUGCUAAAGAAAAUUACAUAAAAUGUGAAAGGUCUACUUAAAUGCACAGACGAUUUUUUUUUAAAUGAUGAUUAUAUAAGUAUAGAUACUCACCUAAGUACAUGUGUAAUUUAAUUAAUUGCCACACGAUUUGGUCUAACAUUUGGAUCAUAAAAACACCUUUAAUGAAAUAUUAAUUUUGUAUUAAAAGUCAAUGGCAUGAAUUGUAAUAGGGCAAUUCUUUCAAAUAGUCAUUUUUUAGUUUUUGUCAUAAAAAUAACAAUUAAAAAAGAUGACUAAAAUAGUCAUUUUUGUUUUUGAAAAUUUUAAUAUAUAUGUUAUAAAAUUUGAAACACUGUCUCCAAUACUCCACAAUUUAACUCUAAACACUAAAUUUAUAUUAGAUAACCCUAAGAUAAAAAUACAUUUUUACCCUUUAAUAAAAUUUAUUUUGAUUAUUUUUUUCAUUGAAAGCUAUUUUUAUGAUAAAAACUUAAAAAAUAUAUCAUAGGGAGUUUAUCAUUGUAAUAAACACACGAAGAAAUGUUAUUAAUUGUCAAAAGCUCCAUAAUCGAACAACUAUGACAAAAAAGAAGAAAAAAUAAGCGUCAAAAGGAAAAAAUAAAGAAAGAAAGGAAAACUAACUAUUCAAAUUAUGAAUUUAAGGAAAUUAUUAAUUCCUCGAGGUUGCACCCCAAUAUAUAUAUAUAUUUAGAAGCCCUAAAUCGCUGCUAUAACUUUCUCUCCAAGAUUGAGGUACAAUGUGCUUGUCUACGGAGACACCGGAGCUUCCUAUGCAUGUGGUAACGGAUGAGAUUCUCACGAGACUGCCUGCUAAAUCUCUGAUGAGAUUCAAGUGCGUUUCAAAGCUCUGGUUAUCGCUCAUCCGCUCACGUUAUUUCUCCAACCGUUUCUCAAAGGUCCCAUCCCCUCGUCUUUACAUGUGUUUAUGGGAUCAAGCCACCAUUGGUGACAAUGAAACAUACACAUUGGCUCCUCUAGACACUCGGCCUUCAACGUCCACCUUUGUUGUUGACGACAAUCUGCCCGACCCAGCGAUUGGAGGUUACAUCUUACAAAAUCUUGGUGGCUUCAUGAUCUACGUCUAUAGGAGAGAGCCCCAUAUCUAUAACCCUGCCACCGGACAAUUGGUAGGCUUCCCCUUAAGAAGUUCCGACCACAUCAUCGUACCUCCAGGAGGAGAAAAGGUCGUCACCUAUUAUUUCGGAUACGACCCACUUAGCCACAAGUACAAAGCGGUCUCCUUGAUUAGCGUAUUCUUAGAAGAAACUAAACAAGUCAUAAGUUCAGUGAAUUAUAUCUUUAGCCAAAAAAAUAAACUAGGUUAUUGGAACAAGGCUGCUCUAACUCCAACGGACUUUUGUCCUCACAUGCCUUCCAAAGGAGGAAUCUCUAUCGAUGCAAUUAUUUAUUACUUGGCUUUGGUGGAUAGAGAUCGAUUUGUGGUUGUUAGUUUCGACAUUAGAUCCGAAGAGUUCAACAUGAUCCAAGUACCCAAGCUGCAUGAAGAUGCCCCGAUAGAUACUCCAGAUCUGACUCUUUUGGAGCUUGGAGGAAAAGCAACUCUAUGUGACCCAACCAAUCUUAGAGACAAGGGUGUCUUGACCUUAUGGACCGUGGAAGAUGUCGGGAGCAAGAAAUGGUUGUGCAAGAGUUUGGUUUUGAAGCCUUCUCAGCUGCCUUUAGUCGACAGCAUUACAUUCAGGGUAAAAGGUACAACUCAAAACGGCAAGGUUUUCCUGAUACCAAAGGAUUUUCUUUCUCCUUUUCACAUUCUCUCUUAUGAUAUGCAUAACAAUGAUAUGAGAAAGAUUGAGAUCAAAGGUAUACCGGACGUCUGGUUUAAUAUGGGCGAAGAAGCUGACCUACAUUUUGAUGUGAUGUUUAUGGACCAGAGUGAGAGCCCAAUAUAUGUUGAUUUCCUGUCCUGUUUUGACUGGGGAUAUGAAGAUUGAAAGAUGGAAGAAAUCAAACAUAUCACGGAAUAAUGAAUCUGGAAAAAAUAUCCAAGAACAUCAGAGAUUAUAGAAAUUAAAGUUGGUUUAAUCGUUAUAGUACAAAUUUAUGCAUUUUCUAUAUUUAUUCUAAAAGAGUAGCAAUACUUUUUCAUAAACACUUUUGUGCUUUUUCUUGUUAUCAAGAGAUAUUAAACCCAUAUGCUCUUUGAAGAGUAGGCUGAGUAGCAACUCUAGUUAGGAUUCUAUUUCUAAAAUCAACCAAGUAAUUGGAGUCGACCAACUGAUACUGUCUUCACCGAAACAGAGCUUCAACGAGAAUGCUGCAAGUAGAAGAAAAACAAAACGCGUGUUCAAUAAAACCACCAUAACUAAUAGAAUAGUUCCAAUUCUUUUCCCUCUCUUUAGAAGAUAUUCCAGGCUACGUAAACUGAUAAAGUAAUCGUCUUUGUCUCUACAAGAAAGCUGAAUCCACGUAUUGAACUAUAUACAUAUGUGGUUCAAUAUGGCUCCAAAAUGUAAUGCAGUUGAGCUGAUUUCUCGCAAGGUAAACUGAAAUUGUUCAAAGAAAAUAACGAACAUCAAACCGUAUUGUAACGUACCAUGAA